AGUCUCCUCAUAACCUGUUUCUCCGACAGUGGUGCGAAAAGAGGAAAGCAGACAAAAUGGGAGGAAACGACGUUGCAAAUGAAUAUGGCUGCUCAAACAGCUCUGGUGUUAAGGUCAUGGGCAUCCAGGGCCGUAUGGCCAGCCAAAGAGAACGUAUGAUUGGCAUGACGGAUGCAGAACGAGCUUGGCGUGCUAAAUGGAUAAAGGAUCAAGAAUUGCAUGGAGAACCUAUUAUACCAAAAGAUUAUUAUAAAGAAAGAUUCAAUCCUAUUAGAAGAUUUUAUAGAUAUCCAAUGGAUAAAUUUGAAGCUGCCCUUGCUCCUGUAAUUGGUGCAAACAAAGCUUUGAUUACAAGGCAUUUUAUUGCAAAGCUGUCAUUUCUGAUUAUGACUUGUUAUGGUGCACACUAUUACCAGAAAUAUAAUAGAAGUGAUUGGACUAGGAAAGGAGGCUGGAAAAUUGUUAAGAAUAGGCCAGCAUCGUACCCUGGUGAUCCAGGCUUCCCUUACAUUAAAGAUACAAAGCCUCAUGAAUAUGCUUCUUUUGGAUUUGAAAAUUCACCUAUAUAAAAUAUUUGUAAUCACAUUUAUGUACAUAUAGUGUAAUAGUUAAAACCAUAAUAAAUAUGUUACAUUUAAUAAAUAAAAAUACUUUAAAUUUC